AAUCAUCUUAGGUACUCGGCCGAGAUUUCAAUCAGAGGGUUUAACACUCUCUUUCUACUACUGUCUUUACUUGUAACAGAAUCGAUCCGUCCAAGAGUGAGGUCAAUUGCUCCACGGGUUGCCAUGCUUAUUUCUAACCCGCAAGGCCAUUAAGCAAUCUUUUCGUUUAUCAUAUGAUCAACUCUCAAGAACCCUAUCCCUUUUAAUAUUGUCUUCCAACGUACAAUGACAGGGCUAGUUGGACACGUUCGGAAGCCUAAGCCACCAAUUACCCUAGGAUCACCGCAUGAGGAUGAUGCUACACCAACAGUGACACCCAUAACACCACAACAUUUCAACCCACCUGUCUUGCGUAAUUUCUCCUAUCCGUUUCACGUCGGAAGCCUGAGGCAGCCGCCAAUAUUUCCAUCGUUACCAAUAGCUCAGCAGACAGCCUGGGAUCAGUUGGGUGAACUUUGCAAUUUCUCUCCUGAUAAUAUUUCCAGAGCACGUGAAGCGAAAACCCUUGGGCUCGAUGAUCCUUUUUCCUUCAGGUUUGAGACGGAAUCUUACUCUCAAUUAGAUGACGAGGACAGUGACGGAAACCAAGAAUUCGGUAUCGGCGUAUCGUCCGAGCAACUUGACCAAGAGUCACUAUCACAAGAAGAUCCCGUGCCAAAAAAGAGGCUUCGCCGAAGCACAUUACUAAGUUUAGCUUCAUCUCAAGCCCGGGAUUCUUCAGACCUUUAGAAGAGUGCUGAGAAAGGUGGGCUGAAAGAUAAAGCUUUAAAGUUGACCAGGGGCCAGUCAUUAGGAAAUCGCAUCUUUCCUCA